AUGUUAACUUACAACAGGACUAAUCUUCAGCCUGCCAUCUUCCUACUGAUUGGAAUUCCGGGAUUGGAGGCAGCCCACAUAUGGAUUUCUAUCCCUUUCUGCCUGGUCUACCUAUUGUCAGUGAUGGGAAAUAUUGCCCUUUUAUUAAUUAUCAAGACAGACCACCAACUGCACGAACCUAUGUACCUCUUCUUAUGUAUGCUCUCUGUGGUUGAUAUGAUGCUAACUUCUUCUACACUACCCAAGAUACUCAGCCUUUUCUGGUUCAAUGACAGAGAGAUCUACUUUGAAGCUUGUCUCACUCAAAUGUAUCUUGUCCAUUCUCUGUCUACUAUGGAAUCUGGAUUUAUCUUAGCUAUGGCUUUUGACCGCUACAUAGCCAUUUGCCAUCCACUAAGACAUUCCACUAUCCUAACACCUGCAGUGAUUGUCAGUUUGGGCUUGGUUGUUGUCUUCAGAGGAGCUAUACUCCUCAGUCCACACCCCUUCUUACUGAGGUGGCUCUCCUAUUGCAGGACUAAUGUCAUCUCCCACACUUACUGUGAGUUUAUGGCCCUAGCAAAGCUUGUUUGUACUGAGAUCAAGAUUCGUAGAGCCUACAGUCUAAUUGUGGCCUUCCUGACUGGGGGACUGGAUUUCCUAUUGAUUAUCUGUUCUUAUGCCCUUAUUCUUCUUACAGUCUUUAAACUCCCAUCCAAAGCUGCCCGUCUCAAGACUUUAAGUACUUGUGUCUCCCAUGUAUGGGUCAUCUUGAUGUUUUAUACACCAGCCUUUUUCUCGUUCCUCACUCACAGGUUUGGCCACCAUAUUGCUCCACAUGUCCACAUUAUUAUAGCAAAUAUAUACCUUCUUAUUCCACCCAUGAUGAAUCCUAUUAUUUAUGGUGUUAAAACCAAAAGAAUCAGGGAGGGCUUGCUUAAAUUCUUAACAUUGAAAUGUGUUUAA